UCCAAAACGUGUUUGACAUAUACAUAAUUAUGUAAAUAAGUAAAACAACAAUAGUUUAAUGAAAUUUUUGUGGAAUAAAAGGCGAAAGUUCAAGCAAAAUUCUAAAUUCCUAGUAGAAUGGUGGAAAAUUACUUCAAUACAGGAAGCUCAAAUCGGAGUUUCCGAAGCAACGGCAGUCAGCGAGGCUUUGAUUGCAGACCUCAGUUCCGACAGCAAAAGUCAGCUUCACUACGAAACAGCUGUGAACCCUCCACAUCGGCGGCGGCGGCCGCCGUACGUGCGAGCUACGACAACUGCGGCUGCCCGACCCGCAAGCUAUCAACCUCAGCCUCCUCAUCGCCGACACGUUUCAACGCGAGCACAAUGCCGAAAAUAUGCUCGAACGACUUGGACACCGGCGUUGGCAUGCUAUCAUCAAUGCCACAGUCCACGUACGGGAUGUCUCGCAACAGCUGUGGCCAUUCGGCUGCAUCCCUGAUACAAGAUUCUUGCAACAAUCUAAGCAAAGCUUCAACUGCAUCUUGUUGUUGCUGUUGCCCACAUUGCGGCAAACCGCAGGACCCAACACAAACAACAACUACCACAACAGCAACAUGUCCGCCACCCAAGCCCCCACUGCCAUGCAGACCGAAGCCGCAACCGACGAAGGAGGAGACACCAUCACCCGAGGUGGAGUUCAAGUGUCGCAUGCGGAAAUUGCAGUUGGAAAAUUUGGUUAAAGAUCAGUACUGCCCAGGUGCCAUACAGAGUACAAUUGACUGUGAGCAGGACUUCAAUGAAGCGUCCUUUCGUCUGGUAUUUGGUUGUGAUCCAUUGCCCUGCACGCUACCCACCGUGGAGCCCAUCUCACUUUUGGAAGCGUUUGCAAUGCGUGUCGAAUUGGAGCGUUGUUUGCUCGCCGAGGAGACAAACUAUGCUGAGCAGAGAAGAUCAUCGCGACGUGGUUCAAACGAGUUGGACGAAGUCGACGAAUACUUCAAUAAGAAGUACAAGACGGCUCUUAACGAAGCGCUGGCGAGCUUCUUGAAGGCGGAGAGGUGUUACUAUCUGGAGAAUCCAGAUAUGAAUGCGCUCAGCAUGGAUGCACAAAUCAAUAAGACCUGUACAUGCCUGCCAAACAGCUCUUUCAAAAUUACCGCCUACACGGGGAAUACGAGACCCAAUAUGCAAUAGAAUGCUAUCGUUUUAUUUUUUGUUUUAAUUUAGAAAUAUGUAUUUAAUAUUGAAAAUUCUUAUUUGUUGUAAAAUUUUAUGUUUGAAAGAAUAAAAGACGUGAGCAACACGAAGAUAACAAAAGACUAAAUGAAGUGAUCUAUUCACCAUGUGCCGGACAUCAUGCAAAGA